CCCGAUGCGGCACUGAUCGAUCAGCUUAAUAUUACAUCCAUCUAACCAAGGACCACCAGUCCGCGGGCGAGCACCACCUCGCCCACCUUUCUAGCCCCCCAAGUUUUAUAUUCAACACAAACACCCCACCAGCAUGAAUAACAACAACAACAAUAGCACAAGCAACAAUUGCAGCAGCAGCACAAGCAUCCACCAUCAGCACCUGCACUCGCCCACCAAACUCACGGAAUUCGCGCGGAAUUUCGAGGACAAACCGGAGUCGCUGUUCGGCCGUGUGGUGAACAAGAUCCAGAAUGUCUACAACCAGAGCUACAAUACCGUCAACGACAUAUCCAGUGGCAGCAGCGCCAGCCCCAGCACUGGCCCUCAGUCCGUACAGGUGGGCAAGUCGCAGUUCUACAGCGAGGCCAAGACGCCCACCGUCGAAGUGGCGGAUGUGGAGGAGAACAGCACGUUGGGCAGCCUCAACUCGAGACGGCCACAGCCGCCGACAACGCUGAGUUUGCGGGCAAACAGCGAGUCGCGAAGCACUGGCAAUUCGAGCACCACAGCCGAAGAGUCCGAGGCCAAUGAGCGUGUCGAUGCACAGCCGCUGAGCAGCGAAGCGAAUCAGGGUCGCACCGUGUCCAAUGUGCUGAAGCACAUCAGCGACAUUGUGGCCACCAAAAACAAUAACGAUCUGCGCAAGUACAAGGACACGGAGCAGCAGAGGUUCUGGAUGCCCGACUCGAAGGCCAAAGAGUGCUACGACUGCGCACAGAAGUUUUCCACUUUUCGACGCAAGCACCAUUGCCGCCUGUGCGGCCAGAUAUUCUGCUCCAAGUGCUGCAAUCAGGUGGUGCCCGGCAUGAUUAUACGCUGCGACGGAGACCUGAAGGUGUGCAACUAUUGCUCCAAGAUAGUGCUCACGUUUCUGAAGGCCUCCAGCUCGGACAUUGGCCAGGAUCUGCAGGCGCUGCAGCAGCAUCUCAGCAACAAGUUGGAGGUCCAAGGCAGCAGUGCCCCCAAUGCCACGCCACAGCAGCAGCGAGUGCCACUGUCGCGAAAGACCUCGCUGGGCUACCAGGAGGAGCGCUUCAGCUCGCAGCCCAACUACACGACGCUCUCGUUUGACGACCGCAAGAACAUUCUGCAGCAGUCGAACUCUCUCAUCACCCUACACGAGGAGAUGCAGCGGGAUCUACCUGUCCAGAACUGCGGCCAGGUGCUGAUCGAGUUCCUCAACAGCAACAACAAGUCGGCCAACGAGGUGCAGGCGGUGGCCAUACUGAACGCCAUGCUGGCAGCCGGAUUCCUCGAGCCAAUCGUGCCAGAUCCCGAGCAGACCGAGUUCGAGCCGACGCUGCACUACAAGUUCGCCAAGAACAGCAGCUCGGACGAAUCGAGGGCCAUCAGUCCGCAGUUUGAGGCGCCCAACGGCGAGCCACAGCCACCCAAGUCUAUGGAUGUGUCCUUGAGCUUCCACUCGGCCGAGGAUAUCGAGCUGGAGAAUGACAUGUGCUUCACGGCGGCCACAUCGAAGCUGCUCGAGUCGUACUGCGAUCACGAGGAGCAGCUGCUGGCCCAGCUGCUGCGCGCCCAUCACCUGGACCAGGAGUGGGACAAGGUGCUGCAGAUGCUCUGCUCAACGGCGGCCAAUCACUUCAAGCCGGAGUACUGCACCAACGACCUGAUGGACAUUCGCAACUAUGUGAACUUCAAGAAGGUGCCUGGCGGCCGCCGCAAGGACUCGACCAUUGUGCACGGCGUGGCCUUCUCCAAGAACGUCGCGCACAAGGACAUGGCCACGCACGUGCCCUUUCCGCGCAUCCUGCUGCUCCAGUGCCCCAUUGUCUACGAGCGCAUCGAGGGAAAGUUCGUCACCAUCGAGACGGUGCUGCUGCAGGAGAAGGAGUAUCUGCGCAACGUCUGUGCCCGCAUCAUGAGCUUCUCCCCCAACGUGGUGCUCGUGCACAAGAACGUCGCCGGCAUUGCCCAGGACCUGUUGCGCUCCUAUGGAGUGACUCUUGUGCUGGACGUCAAGAUGUCCGUCAUGGAGCGUCUGUCGCGCUCCCUCCAGUGCGACAUUGUCAGCUCCAUCGAGUCGAACAUCACCAUGCCGAAGCUGGGCUACUGCAACGACUUCUACAUCCGCAGCUACAACGGCAAGACGCUGAUGUUCUUCGAGAAGCUAACCAGUCCUCGGGGCUACACCUGUCUGCUGCGCGGUGGCAGCAACUCGGAGCUGACGCGCGUCAAGCGUGUGGCAUCGGCCCUGCUCUUUGCCCGCUACAACUGGCGCCUGGAGAUGUCCUUUCUGCUGAACGAGUUUGCGCAGCCGCUCAGCCCCAAGGCCUCAAUAUUCGAUUCAAAGGAGGCGAGUCCCAACACAGAAACUGAGGCAGAGGCGGAACUCCGAUCUGGAUCGUCCAAGCGGCAGCCCCAGCCACAGCCCAUUGCGGAGCGCAAGUCGGAGGAUAAAGUCACGUCCAUUGUGGUUGAGAAUGUGGCUGACUUCACCGAUCCACUGCGUUCGACGGAGGCUGACACUCUGUCCACAUCGCCCAGCAAUAGCAAUGUGCUGCCCGUGGUGGAGGCGCUGGCCGUGGAGACCCGCUACGAUAAUCGCUUCCGCACUGCACUCAGCUCCACGCUGCUCUCGGUUAGCCCCUUCCUCACCUUUCCGCUGCCCUACCUGGAGACGGAGCAGGGACGCAACUGUAGGCUGCGAAAACUCUUUCCCACCGAACUCUACUUCUCCAAGCAGUGGUCGCAGGCAGGAGCACCGCCGAUGCAGGAGCGUUCCGAGAGCUGCGGCGACACUGAAUCCGCUGCCAAAUCGGAGCUGGGCAACAAGGAAAACGAACAGCAGCUGCAGCUGCUGCCGGCGCACGAGUUUGUAAAGAUGAAACUAACGGCGCCAGCCACCAAUCGCGACAUUCAGACCAAGCUCGCCGAGUUCCGAUCCUUUGGCGGUCGCUUUCCCAAGGGCAAGGCUCCAAUGCUGAGGCCCAAGAAGAAGCUGCCAGAGAUCAUCCAGAGGCCGCAGAAGGUGAGCGAGGAGCAGCUGUACAGAGACGCACUGGAUCCGCAGAACCAUCAGCGGCUGCCCGUGCUCUUCUGCAGCUUCCACUACAACCCCAAGGGUGUGUCCUCGUUCUGCAAGCUGCCCAUGCUGCUGGACAUGAAGUUCUACGGGCAGUACGACAUUAUGCUGGAGCAGUUCCUGCAGCGCUAUUGCUGCCUGUUCAACUCGAUGUGCCCCUCCUGCAACCUGCCCAUGCUGGGCCAUGUGCGACGCUACGUCCACUCGCUGGGCUGCGUGCACGUCUACCUCACCGAGGACCUGACACGCUCCGACCCCAAGCGCAUCUACUUCACCUCGUGGUGCAGCAUCUGCAACGCCACCACGCCCACCGUUCCGCUCUCGGACUCGGCCAAGUGCCUCUCCCUGGCCAAGUACCUGGAAAUGCGCUUCCAUGGGCACGCCUACAAGCGUCGGCCGCCUGCAGAUGCCGACCAGAGCACUCCCUGCGAGCACUCGCUCCACCGCGACUACGUGCACCACUUCAGCUUUCGGGGAGUGGGCGCCAAGUUCCAGUACACGCCCGUCGAGGUGUGGGAGACGGACCUGCCGCCGCUGACCCUGCAGCUGGAUCAGCCGCGGCCCUUCCAGGGCAACCAGGUGCAGGAGGAGAUCAAGCACUUCUCGGUGCGCGGCCACGAGGUGUACACGCGGAUCCACGAACGCAUCGCCGACCUGGCCACCGAGGACGAGAACACGCCGCUGGUGCAGAACCUAAAGACGAUGCUCACCCACGAUCAGUUUAUUUUCAAGCAGAAGAUCGAGAUUGUCCACACGCUGCUGACGGAGCGACGGGCCAAUGCGUACGACAUCAACGACGCUCUGUCCAUGGCACGGCGUGCCCUGGCCGAGAGCAUUGAGCUGUGGGGCCCACGGCUGCUGGAGAUCGAGCUGGUGGCCCAGAAACUGUCUGCCAAGCAGGCCGUUGUCCAUCACAUCGAUGCGGGCACCAUAUGCACCGAGGAGCUGCGGCCGGAGCAGGUUCCAGCUCUAGCAGGGGACGACGGCAGCAGCAUCGCCCCAGUGGAGUGUCCGUCGGAGGACACAGAGGCGGCUAUCGGCAGCCAACCGGUCGUGGACAAGAAGUUCUCCAUCGAUCAGCUGCUGGCCUCCACGGCGAGCGUGCACUCGGACAAGAAGUCCAUAAGGAGCAUCCUCACACAGCUGCUGCCCUCGACCAAUCAGGCCAACCCGCUGCAGUCGCCGUUCCCUGCCCAGGAUCAUCUAACCCUGCCCCUGGGCUCUAUUCCCAUUCACGUGCGCGAAAGCGAUCUCAGCUCUGUGAUCGCCUACAGCCUGACCUCGGCCGACUAUCAGCGAGCCCUGGACGAAGCUUUCAGUAGCUGCAGCGGCGGCAGCGAGGCCCCAGCUGCUGGCCACUCCAGUCCGCUGCUCAAGCGGAAAGUGCCGCUGCCAGAGGGCCUGAGCGAUGCCGAAGAGAGCAGCCCCAAUCUGUCGCGCACCUCCAGCAACACCAGUGCCACGCCAGGGGGAGCGGUUCCCGCUGCUGCCAGCACCGCCAGCGAAUCCGAGGAGAAGGUAAAGGAGCGCACCAAGGCGCAGCCACAGUCACCGAGUCCACACGUGUCGCUGGCAUUCAAUGACAAUGGCUGCCAGUUCCACUGCAAGAUCUACUUUGCUCGCGAGUUCGAUGGCAUGCGAGCCAAGAGCCUGCAGCCGCCGAAGCUGGACAGAUCGCUGUACCGCAAGCUGGAGAAGAGCAAGAUGCGGGAGGAGCUGAGAAUCUCACAAAGUCGAACGGGCUCCGAAAUGGAGUUGGUGCGCAAACCCAGCGACGUCAGCGGUGUACCGCCACUGGCACGAGCCUCGGAGGAGCAUGCGACGGACAUGGAGGAGGAGUCACGCAUCGCCCUGGCUCGCAGUCUGUGCAACAGUGUGCAGUGGGAGGCACGCGGCGGCAAGUCUGGAUCGCGUUUUUGCAAGACAUUGGAUGAUCGCUUUGUGCUCAAGGAGAUGAACUCGAAGGACAUGACCAUCUUUGAGCCCUUUGCCCCGAAGUACUUUGAGUACAUUGCCAAGUGCCAGCAGCUGCAGCUGCCCACGCUGCUGGCCAAGAUCUUUGGCGUGUUCAAAGUCAGCGUCAAGAAGAAGGACUCCUUUGUCGAACGCUCUGUGAUGGUCAUGGAGAAUCUGUUCUACGGCUGUGAAAUUUCCAACAAGUUCGACCUGAAAGGCUCCGAGCGGAAUCGACUGGUGGACCCAACCAAUCAGCAAGGCGAAAUUGUGCUGCUGGACGAGAAUCUGGUGCAGAUGUCCUGGUCGAAGCCUCUGUACGUGCUGUCGCACAGUAAAACCGUUCUAAGAGACGCCAUUCAGCGGGAUUGCUCGUUCCUGGAGCGCAAUGGCGUCAUGGACUACUCCCUGCUGGUGGGUCUGGAGAGGAAGAACAGCAUGCUGGUCCUCGGCAUCAUAGACUACAUUCGCACCUUCACACUGGACAAGCGCAUGGAGUCGAUCUUUAAGCAGUCGGGUCUGCUGGGUGGCAAGGGCAAAGACCCCACGGUGGUGUCACCAGAACGCUACAAGCAGCGCUUCAUUGAUGCCAUGGAUCGUUACUUUCUCACAGUGCCCGAUCGCUGGGAGGGCCUAUCCAAGGUCUGACUUUACACACCACAAACACACCCUGCACACACACAGCUAGCAUAAAUGUAGACGCAAAAUAAAAGCAGACGCCGCC